AUGGAUUAUUGUGUUUCAGAUGUAAAUGUGCUUUGUCGAGCUGUCUGCCUGUUCACUAUCGUGAGUUUGUCAUGUUAAAAAUCUAAUUCAGCAAAAAUUUCAGAACUCCAAAUCCAAAUUAUACGACAUAAAUCCAAUGGAUGUCGGCAUCACAACUGCUUCAUAUGUCAAAUUCUUGUUGAUGCAAAAAUGCAUCAAGAAUGGUGAUAUUGGAAUCAUAAGCGAGCUAGGAUUUGCCGGAGUUAACCAGUCUGAACUGGCUAUGAAGUUUAUACUUUGGUUAGAAAAAGAAUCCGGGAAAAAGUUCCAACACAAGCUACGAGGAGGUGAAAAGAAAAUAUUGUCGUACAGUGUAGAUUUGUAUGAUGACGAAGAUAAGAAGGUUGUGGAAAUCUGAGGAUGUUUAUGGCAUGGUUGUGAUGUUUGUAACAAGGAUCGAAUGGAUGAACGAAACCUUUUUCAAGAAUUGUCGUUUGUGUCGAAGUUGCACUGAAUCCGGAAGUAUGCGCGAACGAUAUGAUCACAGUCUUGUAUCCGAACGAGUCACUGGCGAAUAUACAUCUAUGGUACUAAACAAAGCUCUUUCUCUUGGUAAGAUUUUUUUGUGGAUCAACCAUUAAUAAUCUGGAUUUUUAUUUCAGGUUAUAAAAUUCUGAGGUUUCACGAGAUUUGGCAUUGGGAUGACUGGUGGAUUUUUUGCACCGCUCAUCAAACCACUCUUGAAAAUGAAACAUGAGGCUUCAGGAUAUCCAGAUUAUGUGAAAACAGCAGUAGAUGAAGAUGCAUACAUUGAAGCUAUCAAGGAACACGAUGGAGUUGUGUUGGAUAAAGAUUCGAUCAAGAAGAAUCCGCCAAUUCGUUUGAUGGCAAAAACGACAAUGAACAGUACUUGGGGUAAAUUCCCCGAAGAUCCACAAAAGAGCGAACUCAAACUGUUCUACACCUUGGAUUGGGAAUCGCAAAAAAAGUUCCGAAAAGAAGCUGGUUGUGUUUCGAGAAUUUUCGAUCUUCCUAAUCAAGUCACCAUGAUUAUCCGGCGUCCCGAAUCCGAAUAUGUUACAACCAAAAGAUUCGCGAAUAUUGUGAUCGGGAUUGUUACAACAUCAAUGGCCAGACUAAGAUUAUAUGAAGCUCUAGAAAAAUUGGAAUUGAAGCGUUUACUUUACUGCAGUAAGUGUCUAAGAUUUUCUGAAUAUUUCUAAAUAAUAUUUUUCCAGACACCGAUUCGGUGGUCGACCAAAUGUUUGACGUCGACGAUGAAAGAAUCAACCAUCAAUGA